CGCAAAUGAUGAGUCAACCACGAUAGCACAAACGAUGGCUGCCCUUGCGGGGCUAGCACUCCACGCGCUGGUGGGCCUCUGCACGCUCCACAGCGCGCUAGCUCAAGAUGACGCACGCCCAAUGAGGUUUACGUAUGACACGUCAACGUCGGUGCCAAGUAACCACUCGCACAUUGGGUUGUUCCCCCGCGGAACUAGUGCAGCUGAGGAAAACGAGCUUGACAGGCACGGCGCGCAGUUCACUUCAGCUGUAUUCAUACACCGCUUUAACUCGGUCAUGGGCAACGUGAGCCUGCGCGCGGACCUGUACCGAGCAAUCGACCUGGUCAUGACCUCGGUGGACUUGCUGCCGCGCACGUUUCGCGGCGUGCCAGGCUCCUCGGACUUGCUGGCGGGGCACGGCGGGGGCUCGGCGGCGGAACGGACCGUCCUCAACUUGACGCUGUCGCUGUACGCAAAUGCCAGCGGCCGCUUCCCGCUCGAGGCCGCCGGCGUUCGCAACAUGUUAGCGGCACUGGGCCAGAGCCUGGCGGAGCUGUCGGUCGGCUCCUGCCACUCCUACCUGCGCCGCCUGGUGCUGGCGACGCUGGUGCGCCUGCAGUUGCGCAUUCAUGUGCCCGGCAUGCCGCCGCGCGACGCCGAGCUCGCGGCGCAGCUGCGCUUCAGCCCCGACACCGACGUGCUGCUGUUCCGCAUCUACCGCAUCUUGUACGCCAAAUACCGGCAGGGCGCGGCCGCGAAGGGCGCGAUAGAGUUCCUGCACAUCUCGAAAUCGGGCGGCACGUCCAUGUGCACCGUCGCCGACGCCAACGGUUGCUCGGCGGAGAGCACCUCCAACUUCGGCAACUGCAUGGUGCGGCGCUUUGACGACCGGCCUCGCUGGGUUAGCGCCACUGCUCACAACGAGACGGCGCCGCUGGACGGCUGGCGCUGGUACUACCGCUAUCUGGUCCGGAGAGGGGAGCGCUCCUGCGAGUACAGGGACGAGUUCAUGCGCCGCAAGCGCUUCACCUUCUACUCCAACGAGUUCGCGGUGCACGGCGGACUGGACGACCGCAGCUACUGGGCCAACGGCAGUAGCACCGCCAGAAGCGGCAGUAGCAGCGGCGCGGACUCCGAUGCGGCAGUAGCAGCGCGCGCAGCAGGGGCAGCUGGGGGGGCGGCCGGGCCCACCUACGCCUCGGCGCACGUGUGUCCGCAGUUCCUGAACGUCAUCCUGCUGCGGCACCCGCUGUCGCGCCUGGUGUCACACAUCAAGUGGAUCAUGAAGGUGUACCGCACCGAGUACGGCAAGCUGCAUGAGGACUUCUUCCGCGGCCGCGACGCGGCCUGGUGGCGCCGCUUCGCGCCCGCCGCCGUGGACAACUACAACAUGCGGCUGCUGCUGGGGGAGGGCGCCUACUACGCGCCCAUCGGCAGCCUGACCGCCGCGCACCUGGCCGCUGCCCGGCUGGUGCUGCUGGCGUACGACGUGGUGUUGAUGCUGGAGGCGCCGGACGUGGACGAGCUGUGGCUCAAGCAGGCGCUGGGCUGGCGCGUGGGGCUACGCUCCGCCUCGGCCCGCGUGGCUGGCGCCCACAGGGCCACGGCGGAGAUGAUGCCGCCCGACCUGGACACGUUGAUCAAGGCCAACGAGAACGACGUGCUGUUGUACAACUUCGCGUAUGCCGUACACCAGAUAGACGGCGUCAUGUUCGCGGCGAUGGCGGCGGCCGGUAUCCGGCCGUACCAUGCGUACGACAGCCUGGAUCCACAGGACCAAUGGGUCGGCCGCCGAGUGAAGUGCGGCUUCGUAACACGGCGGCAGCAGUUCCUGAUCGCGAUGAAUGAGGAUCCAAAGUCGUACGAGCGCUCGUACAAUGGAUCCUUCCCGCGCGUGCUGUCGCCCGAUGAGCGCGUGCGCGGCGCGGCGGCGGAGGUGGCGGCGGCGCUGGCGGCGGCGGGCGCGAAUGUGCAGGCUGACGGGUCUAUGGUGGCGGCAGCUUGGCAAGGCGUCGGGCAGGGCGGCGACGACGACGAUGAGGAGGAGGGGAGGGCAGGUGGCGGCGGCGGCGUGGGCCGGCGGCGGCGGCACCGGCGGCGGUCGGCGGCGCGGCGGAGGAUGGUUGAGGGCGAGGAGGCGGCGGCGGUGAAGGGCAGGGAGGAGGCGCACGCGCAUGAGCGGGUUGCAGCAGGCAGCAGCGCUGCGGCAGUGGGCCUUGGUCCCGGGGAGGGCGCGGGGAGAGGGGGGGCUGCGGGGCGCGAGGGCGCCGGGUAGUGUGUCCGUGUGUGGCAUGUGUGCGGGUGCGUGCGCCUUCCCUGUGCGUGCGUUUAUACGCUGUGUGAUUCAAUGUGUGAUUCACUGUGUGUUUACUGUGUGGUGUUGCAUGCAUGCGUGUGCACAUGCGUGUGGUGGUGCCUGAACUGCCUGUGGGUGAAGCGUGGCGUGCAUGGGCAGCGAGCGCGCUUGGACUCGGGACCAGCCCACCAGAGGAGCGGGCUGACCGACAGACACUGAGGCACAGGGGUGGGGUCGGGCGCUGACGUGACAUAGCACAUGGAUGCAUGGCGUGGUACGGGCGAAUGGGUGAAAGCUAGCGUGCCAACUCGAGGGGUGAGACAUGAGGACAACUCGCAGGACACGCACGCAAAACAGCACGGCGGGCCGGGCUUGCGGUUCACGGGCUUGCGGUGCGCGUGUGCAGGUAUGAUAUAGGUGUCAUGCGCCGGUGCAGGUGCGAUGGCAAGGGUAAGGGGCAGGUUGGCGCAGUCCGGUAAUGUGCAACGUGUACCUCAGUGCGCUGGUGCACUUGUGGCAGUCUGCUGUGGCAGGUCCAUGGACUUCCUUGAUAGGAGCCUCGUAGUAUGACGUUUGACGAUACGCCUUGUGAGGAGCCUCGUAACAUAAGGAUUGACGAGAGUGGUUUACUGACAGCUGCUGCUGCCUCCCCCAGCUGCAGAUUGCAAAUGCGGGCUUACCAGCCCAUUUCCUGUCUGUAUGUGACUGGUGUCCACGGUGGAAGGCACGGCUGGCGCGCGAGGGGCAAGCACGCAAAGCCCACCACCCCAAGCGGAUACACGCAUGUAGGGUGCCCAGUCGAGGCCGGAACACCGCUUUCAGAGGCUAGGCGAAAGGAGGCGCUACAUGUCACCCCCCCCCCCCCAGGAGCUGGGUGCCUCCACUUGCACAACUCGCCUGCUCGUGCUUACCUGUUCAGUAGGAUGGAUGCAUAACACUUCCCGGCACUCCUGUGCCUAGGCUUGUGGCGUUGAGGCACAGCGGUGGGGCUCUGGCGGGUUGAGGCUUGGCUAGGACUCACUGUGCGCGGAGUCACACGGACUUUGCCCGCGGGAGGGUUUGCAGCAAAGUCGGGGUUGGUGGAGCCAAGUUGGGCCCUGAUAGCAUGUGAUGGCUCGGCGUCUUCGAGUGCUGGGACUGUCCCCUCUGUAACAUCCGCAUUCA